AUGAAGGAUUUUGUGGAGUUACAAUGCUUAUUUUUGUGCAUGAUUUUGGCUUUUUCUGAGCAAGAGUCAGUGUCUGUAGGAUGUACUUCUAUGUUCUGGGCUGUGGUUGAACUGACUCUACUUGGUCAAGACCACUUUUUGCAUUCUGACACAAUGUCUCUGGGAAUUGGCUGUCCUGUAACCAACAUAAUCCCUAAGAAGGGAUAUGAGUUUAAGUACCUGGUCACUGAGUGUGGCAUUCAGAAAGAGGUAAGAGUUGUGGCCAUUUCAAAUAAUAACCUAACCCCUGAAUGUCAGCCUGACCUUAGCUUGCAAUGGUGCUAUGCUUACAGUCAGUGCAAGAUAGGUUUGCUCUUAUGGAGUGAUUUUUUUUAUUUAGCUCUCCACUAUACCAUCAUUCACAAAGGAGUCACUGGAAGAAUUCCCUUAAUGUGCUUUGUUUUUGGCUCAUCCUUUUUAGAUACCACUCCAAGCACCACUGACAACAGACUUACAGAGUCCAACAAUGACCUUCCCCCUGCCAAAUCUGGUCUUUUCUCGAACUUACCUAAUACUUGCUUGUUCGGAUUGCCUUGGAUUCCAUACUUCCAAGACCCCUGGGUGAAGCCACCUCAUCACUCACUUCUACUUAAAAGGCCUCAUUCUUUAGCCUAUGAGAAUGCCAAUGUGUCUGUGUUUUAG